AUGAAACAGAUUUUCAGGAUAUUUUACGUUGCAGUUUUAUUGUUGGCAACACGGGUAUCGUGUAACACCGUUCCUACAACUGAAGGAGGAAACGGAUAUUUGGGACCUCUGGGACCGGAUGGUCCGAUCGGAUCGACCGGAAAUAUUGGAUAUAUAACGGCAGCCAAGUCAACAUCAACCACAAAGCCACUACCGUCACCACAACUAAUAUCCCACUGUGAUCAACAAUUUUGUUACGAAAUAUCGGCCCAGUCCCAAUAUUACCCGGACACGAAUACCGCAAGAAGUACUUGUCGGAACCGAAACAACUCCAGUUGGCCCGUCGAGAUUUAUGACGAAUCGGUGAUGGGGUCGGUUAAUUUCAUUCUGAAUAAUUAUAGAGAUGUGCUCAGCGGUAUGAAGGUAUUUUUAGGGCUGGAUCGGUACGAGCAGAAACCUUGGAAUUGGAAUAACGGAAAACCGUUUGUCGAAUUUAAAACAAAGCAAGAGACGACGACUGAUGACAACCGAAAAGCUUUUAUAUACAUAACGCAGCCAAAAUCUCAAACGAAUUCACUCGAAUUCUACGAAGAUUACUCCACAAACAAUAGAUAUUUCAUUUGCCAGUUUAAACGUAGAUGUAAUGAAUUCGCAUACGGCUGGCCGGGAAAAGGUGCCAAUUCAAGUACCCCUAACUGCUACGUAGCUUGCAACAACAUCAACAACAACAUCAAUAACAACAUCAACAACAACAUCAAUAACAACAUCAACAACAACAACAUCGACUACUACAUGUCAUGGCACGAGGCCAGAUACUAUUGCCACAAAAACGGCGCCGGCGAUUUGGCGGUCUUCGACGGCCACAGCAUUGAUGACGUCAUCGUCGGAAUGGCGUCGAUGGCGACCGUGGCUGGGCAGACGUACUGGGUAGGUGCUGCCAAGAUGAGGUGGUACUGGAAUCGGGAUUACCCCGUAAAGGAAGCUUUGUACACUAAUUGGGUUUAUCACGCUGGGUUUCCAAAUAGUAACCUCUUCUACUUAUCGUCGUCGUCAUCUUCCUACAUCACUUAUAUCGAAGUCAGUAAUGAUUCCGAUCAGUGGAAAGAUACCACACAGGGCAGCACACAAAACACCAUGCUCAAUCUUACAUUGAUUUGUAUGUCAUCAUUAUCAUACGCAACAAACAAACAUCAACAAUCACUUCCCGUUCUACAUGGGAUUCGAACCCGGGACCUCAACAUUCGCAAAAAAACAUUCACCAGGAAAAAGAAGAGCGAGAGCCAACAACAUGAACAUGCCAUCAGAAAUCUCCCGCCAGUUGACGACGAAGACAACACAUACCUGCGUCUGGCGCCACAAAACAAAGAUCCUCAAUGUUGUUACGAAAACGAGGUUGUUGAAAAUAUAAACAACAACAACAACAUAAGCGAUAGCAACCUAAACAACACACACAACAUCAUCAGCAGUCACAUCAACAACAGCAAUUUAAACAAUGAUAUCAUCAACUACAACAACAACAAUAACAUUAAUGAAAACAACAAAGACAAUUGUGACAAAGAGAUUUAUGAUAUUAUAUGUUAA